AUGGUAGUCUCUAACGAUAUUGACCGACAUCAGAGAAAUCAGGCGAUCGCAACUGCAUCGCAAGGAACUGGUCGUGAGUAUGUGCCACUAGCUUCAGUGGUAGCAUCUACAGUUUCACCUCCAGUUAAGAGAGGCCGACCCGAUAAAGGUAAAGGGAUAGCUUCCACCUCCCAAUCCCGAUCUAUUGAGUCAGUGCCGCAAUGUACUUCCGAAGGAGGACAAGCGAGAAUAUUUGCCUUAGGCCCGCAAGAUGUGCUUGCCUCUAAUGAUGUGAUGACAGAACCAAUAUUUGAAGUUCCCUAUCGAAUGGCACCGGCAGAAAUACGAGUGUUGCGAGAGCAAUUGCAAGAGUUGGGAGAAAAGGAAUUUAUUCGUCCAAGUACUUUCUCCUGAGGAGCUCCGCUAUUAUUUGUAAAGAAAAAGGAUGAGAGUUUGAGAUUGUGUGGAUUAUCGAAAGUUGAACAGUGUGACUAUUAAGAAUAAAUACCCACUUCCCAGAAUUGAUGAUUUAUUUGAUCAACUGCAAGGAGCGAGAUGUUUCUCAAAAAUCGAUCUACGCUCGAGGUAUCACCAAUUAAGAGUUCGAAAAGAGGAUGUACCAAAGACUGCAUUUCGUACGAG